AUGCAGCAGGAGCUCGAGCAGCUCCGUUCCGAACAGGCCGAACGCGAGCGGCUCAUCGCCGACACGGCAAAGCUGCAGAAAGAGAUCGAGGCCCUGCGUGCCGAGUGUGCCGAGCAUGCCCGACGCGCCCAGGAAGCUUCCCGGUUGCAGCACGAAUUGCAGAUGCUGCGUUCCGAGAAUGCCGAGCUCAAAAUGUCAACUUCUAUCGGGAGCCCGCCGCCGCCGCCGACACGCAUGUCGAUGGGUCUAUCGCGCGCCCUCAAGAGCCUGCUGGAGCGGCAGGGGCCCCAGAACCGCGAGAAUGCUAAGCGCAUCCGGCAGCUCGAGAUGGAGCGCGACCGACUGCUGUCGGCGUCGCCCAAGAAGGCGGGCUACGAGCACGAGGUGACCAAGCUUCGUGACGAGAUUAAUGUGCUGCGCCGCCGCGCCGAGGAGGCCAUUGAGCAGAAGUUCCAGGUCGAGAAGGGUCCGAUAGGAUUGAAGAUGGAUCUUGACCGGGCUCAGGAGGAGAUUGCUUCCCUCCGGCGUCUGCUUGAGGAGAAGGCUAUCCUCAUCCCUAAUGCCUGGGACCGUCCUAGCAGCAGCUACUCGGAGAAAGAGGAGAAUGAACAGGUUCACCCUAGUGGCCCGUCACUUCGUCUUCGCUCGAGAAGGCAUACCAGGACCUGCACGCCGCCUAUACUGAUGCUCUUGGGCGCCUCAAGGGCAUGGAAGAGCUUGUUUGCAAAGUAA